UAUCAUUCUAAUUCUUUUAUUUUUCUUUCUUCCAGCUUUAAUUGGGUCUGUUUCCAUUGGUUUGACGUUCUGCUUGUCACCAGUAGCAAGUACAUUGACAGAUAUAUUCGGUUGUCGCAAGACAGGUCUUGUCGGCGGUGUUCUUGCUACCAUUGGAGUUUUUACUAGCUCUUUCGCCACCAAAAUCGGUGGCAUGUACAUUACUUAUGGUUUCAUUAUGGGUACUGGUUUUUCGCUUGCCUAUACGCCUUCACUUGUAAUUCUUAGCCAUUAUUUUAAGAAGAAAAUGGGACUUGUCAACGGAUUAGUUACUACCGGAAGUGCGAUAUUCACUAUUGUUUUACCAAUGGUAAUGCGAACGAUCCAGGAUAAAUAUGGAUUACAAAGAACCUUGCAAUUUCUCGGACUGUUGGUAUCCGUCUUAAUUCCUUGUGCAUGCGUGUAUACACCGCUUAAUGUAAACGAACAAUCGACAGAGAUUUCGGACUCAAAAAGACCUAGAACAAGAAGAAAGAUUGAUUGCACUAUUUGGCGAGUUCGAGACUUCUUGGUUUGGGCAAUAGCAACGCCGGUCAGUUUGUUUGGCUACUUCGUGCCCUUCGUACAUCUGGUAGGUUUUUAUCCCUUGGUUCAAAAUCUGUGGCGUCUAGUUUGAAG